CCCCACCAUUGGGCCACCUAUCGCCCAGGGACCCGCUAGAGCCGCUUUCUCGACAGGAACAACUCCCGAGCGCCACUUUUAGCCGCUGGCAGAGAAAAAAAGACAGAAAGACAAGAGAAAGGCCCACCGCAGACGAGGACGGUUUGAACCGGUUGCACUUCCCGCAGUCGCAAAGGACACGGAAACGAGAUAGAAGGAAUCUCAUUCCACCAUGGGCGGUGGUAACGGAGCCAAGGCCGCGCAGAAGCGCGCCCGCAACAACCAGAAGAUCGCGACGAAGCCGGGCUCGCAGUUGAAGUCGAAUGCCGCUGCCAUGAACAUCAUCUGCGCGCAGUGCAAGCAAUCUUUCCUGUCGACAUCUCGCGAGCCCCAGCUCACCUUGCACGCCGUCAACAAGCACAACGCAACUCUGCCACAGUGCUUCCCCGACUUCAAGCCUCCUGCCAAAUGAACCAGCAUUUUACGACUAGCCACGAGCUUUACGAGGAAGGGGCGGGACAAACGAGGAGUACCUUAGGCGUU